AUGGAGCGGGCACGACAGCAGCCGGACUUCAGCCAGGUGGCGCACAACUUCAGGGAUGCAGCCGAACACUUUGAGCGGUGCGAAAACCUGCCGGCAGUGGACGGCGGGGCUCGUCUUCUCGAGAGGAUGGAGCUCAUGAUGGAGCGUUUUACCGCCUUGGAGCAGACGAUGAAUCGUCGCUUUGACCAAGUGGACCGCCGAAUGGAUGGCUUAGACCGCAAGGUCAUCGUUUCGAACCGGAACGCAGUGGUGCGGGCUCGGAAUGGCACGGUUGUCCGCGGAGACAUGGAUCUGGUGCCCCUGCACAGCGUUCUCACGGGCGAAGUGAUUGACGGCUUUCCUAGGAACCACGAGAUGUGGACCAGCUAUUGCUCCACGUGGGAGAAUCCGUCGGGCUCCGCAGCGGAGAAGAAGAAGAACCUGAAGUUUGCCACCGGGCUGGUCACACGGGAGCUGUGA